CCAAGAGUAUUAUCAUGUAUAAUCUAAAUUUGUGGAAUCAAGAAUUAGAAUGAAAUAUUCUUUUUCUUUAUAUUGAUGAUGACCUGCUGUUGAUAUUCAUUGCUAGUUAGUGUGGUGCAGGUGUAUUGUAAUCUAGUCCAUACGAAUACGGUUCUCUUAAAUUCUGUCCGUUUAUAGUUAAGUGAUAUAUUUGUUAUUUGGGUUAACAAAAUGAAGCAUAUUAUGAAUGUUUUUGGAAACCAGUACAAUUCGGUGAGCAUGAAUAAUUGUGAUAACGGCCCCUUCGAAAGUUUUGCAGCCAACAGGAGAAACUUGACGCGCCAGUUUUCUAUCGUUGAUUCGUUUUUUCAUCAGAGGAAAGAAGGAGAGCGAACACGUUAUCCCAAGUCUAAUUUUUUCUUGAUGGCCUCAGGAUUGAUAUCAAUUUGCCUUGGAGUUAUGUCACAUAUGUGUGAUCCAUAUAUGCUGAUUUUCAAAUGGAAACUUAUAUUCGAAAAUGGAGGAGAAAUAUUCGAGCUUUGGAAAACACCGCCUGUCGAUCUGUAUAUAAAAAUUUUUUUGUUCAAUGUCACAAAUGCAGAGCAGUAUUUAAACGGAAAUGCAGAGAAAAUGAUUUUUAAUGAAGUUGGCCCAUACGUGUACAGGGAGCUGCUGUCACAUGAAAACAUAACUUUCUAUAGUAAUGGUACCUUAUCAACGAAGCCAAAUCACCCUCUCGUAUUCCAAGCACAUUUAUCUGAAGGACAUAAGGAAGAAGAUGUUUUCUAUGUACCCAACAUAGCGCUGCUGAGUAUCGCCCAGAUCGCAUCGAAGCACAAUUAUUUAAUACGGCUACCUUUAAAUUUGCUGAUACGACGAACAAAAACUGUUCCAUUAGAGAAGCAAACAGCAAGGCAAUUCAUGUUCGGGUAUGAAACUACUUUAACAACACUUGGAAAUACCUUUCUUCCCAAUUGGAUAUCCUUCAAUAAAGUGGGAUUAAUUGACAGAAUGUACGAUUUUAAAGACGACUUUGAAACCUUUUACACAGGAGUAGGCGAUGAAUCGCUCUCAGGAUUGUAUGAAAGUUACCUGGGGUCAUCUAAGUUGGCACAAUGGGAAGGUGACCAUUGCAGUAAUAUUAGAAAUGCUUCUGAUGGCACAAAGUUCAAAAGUUUCAUUAAGGAUGAUGAACAAUUAUUAUUUUUUAGAAAAAGUAUGUGUCGUGCACAAAGAAUGUCAUUUCGUUGUAGUUGUCUGUCACGGGAUCUGUCACUCGGCCAAUAUCGAUCCCUGCUGGAAAGCGAUGUUCCCGUGUUGCCAACACGCCCCGCCCGUAUUGCACGAAGUUUCUUCUGCUAUACACUGGACAGGCUCUUGAACAUGUACGACAGCGAGCAGGGUUGUCGGCCGUUGAACUAUACCCGCAGAAGUUUGUAUGUCUGCUUUGCGAACGCGGCCAUCCUUUCCAGGAUAAACGCGGACCACCUUCCCUCUUGUCCAACUGUUCCGGAUGUUAUCUUGUACUAUGAUCACCAGAUCACCGACUUCCAAGGUUCUGACAUUGCCGAACCAUUUGGUUUUCCUCGAGAUAACCGGUAAGUAUUCUUGGAUCCACCGGGCCCAAAACCUGUAACAGUCUUAUCACCACUUUUAUGCAAUCUCGUAGCAGAUACGCUAUUGAGGCAACUCAAUAAUAGCGGUUUUCCUUCUUAUGGUUUUGCCGAUGACUACCUAACAUUGGUAGUCGGUGUGUGCAAAUAAUUAGAAUGCUGUCUAGCAUUCGAUAAAAAAUAAACAAUUUUAUUCAAUUAAACACUAAGUUACAACUCACGAUCAAGACUAACUUAUUCGAGACACUGAAAGUGGCUUUUAUAAACUCAUUAUGUCAACUCAGCAAACCUAUCCGCUUGGUGACUGUUUCUCUGUGGGUACGUCGUCGAUCGAGUGAUCGGUCGAAUCGAUUGAUGCGUGUCAUCAGUUUAUGCGUUUGCAUUUCCUCAUAGCGCCUGCUCGUUCGUCCAAUGUGGCAUGGCGUCUUACUUUGUUGUUGCUACGUCGAUGUUGCCACCCUGGUGUUUCUAUCUGUGUUGGUGUUGGGGUUCUGGGGCCGGCUUCCUCCUAACGUCUCCCCCCUUAAGUGUCGGGCGUCCUCGUUCGACUUCUCCUGGAUUUCUAACCUCAUAAGCCUUGGGAGGGGGAUGAACUUUGAAGGUGUUGGCUUUCCCUCUGAUGAUAUAGUCUCCAGACUGGUUACCUUGUCCGCAAUGAUUUCUGCCUUGGUGUCUGCUGGUUUACCAAAGCACUGCUUCCUGUAUCUGUGAAGAUAGACUAUGAUCAAAAGAAAAAUGUUUAUGGCGGCAACAGUGGCUCCUCCGAUCAUUUGUGAAUUGGACAGCUGCAAUCGGAUCCUUGCGAUCUCCUCCAAGUUCUCCUAGUGUGCCUGAUGGACUUCUUCUACAUCGGUGAUCUGCUUGUUUGCUUCAAUACGUUUCCCAAAAAUUGGUGUGGAAAACUCGGCAUUCGAUAAGGUUUGGAAGCUCUGCAAGAACGUUUGAUUGUGUAUUAUUACCGUGCAAUUUUCCGUUUCAAUGAUUGUGGUAGCUGCUAUAAUACGGUCAUCUCCACAAGAGUCGUAAACGUGUACCCUAACUCGGGUAUCAAGAAGGAUGGUACCUGGGAUGAUCUCUUUGAGAAUGAAUUGGUUUGUGUCCUUGGACAUGUUGCGCUUUGCCGCUUGGUUGGUUAAUACGUUGUAGACACACUCAUCAGCUAAUUUGUGAGUGUUGUCGCAUAACACGCAUCUCUCGCUCUGCUUGUACAUGGACUUUCUGAAUUUGGCCACAUGCUGGGUCUCCAAAUUGAUUCUGCUCCCGUUGAUAUUUGUUGCCUCUAGUUGAAAAUUGAAUGAGCUGAUCUUGACUUUCUACAACUGGUAGUUUUAUCAUAAAAACAAUAUGCUCGUCUUUCAGUGUUGUAAUACAAUUAACUCCUAAAAUAC